AUGAAGAAUACUAUUAUCUUUACAACCGCAAUAGCUAUAUUUAUUUUUAUAAAUUUUUCUCAAACUGAUGCUAGAAUGACUAUGACACAAAUUAGAAAUGCUAUGAAACCACUGGGUAAAAAAUGUCUAGAAAAAACGGGUCUUAGCCCAGAGGUACAAGCCGGACAACACAAGGGAGAAUUUCCAGAAGAUGAAGCUCUAAUGUGUUAUCAUUCGUGUCUUCUUAAAUUGGCAAAAAUCUCUGAUAAAAAUGGUAACAUUAAUUUGAAUACUAUACUCAAGCAAGCAGAUUUAAUGAUGCCUGAAGAUUCAGUAGCUCGUGCAAAAGCUGUUACUACAGAUUGUUUUGGUGAAAUUAAAUCUACGGAAAUUUGUAGAAUGAGUUUUGAAUUUGUCAAAUGCUAUUUCUUAAAUGGUCCAGAGGUCGUUUUUUUCCCAUAA